CAAUUUUUUUUCUGUACAUAGGUUAAAACACGUUUUGCAUCAAAUUUUGAGAGUGUAAAUAGAAAUUGAACACGAUUUAGUAUUUCUUCAAUUUUCGAGGUCGAUGGUACUCUGAAAUAUGAUCCCAUUUUGUCCGCUCUGCGGUAAUUUGAUGUUUGUGCAAGAAAAAGGAGCCCGAAUUCAGCUGGUCUGCAAUAUUUGCCCAAUAUUUCAAGUCAUUACGAAAACUGUGACGAGCAAAACAUACUAUAAACUGAAGGAAAUCGAUGAUGUGCUAGGAGGCGCUGAGGCCUGGAAGAACGUGGAUUCUACUGAAGAAAGGUGUCCGAAAUGCGCCUACCCCAGAGCUUUUUUCAUGCAAAUUCAGACAAGAUCUGCUGAUGAACCCAUGACAACAUUCUACAGGUGUUGUAAUAUUGAGUGCUCGCAUAACUGGAGGGAUUAAAUGCAGCUUAAGCUGCUGAAGACA